GCGCUCUGAAAUGCGGAAGUGGCUAUAGCCUCGUAAUGUUUUGCUAGCUCGCCGUUUAACUAGCUGCCUACACCGAAGGUGUCAGAAUGGGGCUUUUCGGAAAAACACAAGAAAAACCACCUAAAGACCUGAUCAACGAAUGGUCAAUAAAAAUACGUAAGGAAAUGCGCGUGAUUGACAGGCAAAUCCGCGACAUCCAGAGAGAGGAGGAGAAGGUGAAGAGAUCAAUUAAGGAUGCAGCGAAGAAGGGACAAAAGGAUGUGUGCCUCAUUCUUGCCAAAGAGAUGAUUCAGUCAAAGAAGGCUGUCAGUAAGCUUUAUGCCUCCAAAGCCCAAAUGAACUCUGUGCUUCUCAGUAUGAAGAAUCAGUUAUCUGUUUUAAGGGUAGCUGGAGCGUUGCAGAAGAGCACAGAGGUCAUGAAGGCCAUGCAGAGUUUGGUUAAAGUCCCAGAGAUCCAGGCUACAAUGAUGGAGCUUUCAAAGGAGAUGAUGAAGGCUGGGAUCAUAGAAGAGAUGCUGGAAGACGUGUUUGAGAACGCGGAAGACGGCGAGGAGAUGGAGGAAGCAGCAGAGGCCGAGGUGGAUAGGAUUCUGUUCGAGAUCACGGCUGGUGCCCUUGGCAAAGCUCCCAGCAAAGUUACAGAUGCGCUUCCUGAGCCAGAGCCAGCAGGAGCUACAGCCGCCUCCGAGGAUGAGGAGGAAGACAUCGAGGAAAUGCAGUCCAGGCUAGCAGCCUUAAGGAGCUAAAGGACCUCAGCUACCUAAAGACAAAAGCCUCAUUUCAUUUGUACUGAAUAGGUUAUUCUUCUAUGCUUUGGUUUAUUCUGUAUGUUCCUGUAUGGAUUGGCGUCAUAAUUUUACACACACACAAAAAAAAAAAGACCACAAGAGCAAGACUAUAAUCAGACAGUUUCUUUUGGAUUCAUGUACUGACAGCUGUUUUUUUUUUAAAGUGUGUUUAGCUUUGAAGUGGAGCACUUUGGCUCAUUGUGGGGUCAAAUGAACAGUAAUGUCACAUGUUCUGAAGUGUUUACUUACAGGCGCAUGGUUUUCAGUCUAUUUGUUUUCAGAAAGUAUUUAAUCAACACGUCGGCAAGUUCUCCGUUAAACAGUAGCAUAGAUGAUGCUGAUUCUCUGGCUGUAGCUGUGCGACAAGACCAGGAAUCUGCUUUCCAGCACAGUCAUCUUUCUGGUCUUGCUGGUCCUUUUCCUUCUGUACUUGUGAUUUCUCAAGCCUUAUUUAUGGAAGCAUUUGCUGCUUCUCUUUUACCAGUUGAAUUUUGGCUUUAUUGAGCAGGAGAAAUUCAUGACACCUACUAUGUGCAAAUCUUGUAAAUAUAUGGAUAUGGGUAAGUGUACUUAAGUGAAUUUUAUAAGUAAAGACCUCUUGGUAUGUAACUGGUUCACUGAUCUGCCGCAGAAUUGCUGAAGGUAUUGAAAGCUUUCGUGUCAUGGUAAUUGUUUAGCUUUCACAUGACUGCUUCUCCAGAGCUGAGAUUUAUAAAGCACUUGAGUGUGGGAGACUGCUACUAACUCCAUCUGAAUUUAUCUGUACUUUUGCAGCUGUUAUUGCAUUUUAUUAAGUACUUAUUCAAAUUUACUUACAUUUAAGAACUGUCCAAAAGCCAAACAAAAGUGUGAGAUGUCCUAAUAUAGAUUGGGUUUGCAGUAUGGUGUGCCAGAGAAACCAAUGUCCAUUCAACAAGUGACAAUUUAUGAGAAUGUGAAACUAAGACUCCCAGAAAGGGUAAGAUGCAACUGUUUAGGAUAAAAAGGAUAAAGAAUUCACAUCCAAAAUGUAGCAUGUAGUAAAAGUUCAGAAAAAACACUACUGAAUCUAACAGUGUAUGAAAUGUAAUGAUCUACAACACUGGCUGAUUAACUGAUUAACUCUCUGCAAACCUUUAAUUUGUCAGUGUCAUCAAAACAGUUGGACUUUCAUUCUAAAUGGUGACAUUACAGUGAUUCAUGUAACUUUCAAAUUUUGGCUGAAUCGCUGUUAGGAGAGGGACUGUAAGAAAUGUUGUGAAACGCCCCCUAGUGCCUGGUAUAACAAAUGACUAACUUCAUUCUAUGAGAGAUGAAAUUUUAAUGGAUAUGGAGCCUGAGCUACAGUUCCAUGUUUUAUAAUUACAAUGGAACCUGUGUGUAUACCUGUUUCUGCUUCCGGUCUUGAAACUAUUGUCUUUUGUUCUGUUUUUAAUUCCAAGACGGUUGCUUUGUAAAACACUAGUGGUGAAUGUUUUGAGAGAUUGUAUAGCAGUGGUUCCUAAUUGUUCUUUGCAUAUCUGUAACUAAGCACACUGGUUUAAACACAUACUGUACAGUGUGCGACAAUGCAUUUGGGACCUUUUUAUUGGUCUUUAUAAAACACAUAACGUGAAACUUUAGCUCA